AGAGGAAGAUGCCCAUGGACACUGAGGCAGAGCAGGAACUGAGCAUGGAGAGCAGGGAGGACAAAUGCCUGCGGCAGAACCUGGUGGAAGAGGCCGUUUUGAGCGGCUCCACGGCGCAGGAAGCCAACGGGGAGGAAAAGCCCCGGAGAUGCCGCACGAGGAGGAGCUGCAAAUGCAGCUGGUGGGGAUCUGAGGGGGAAAGAGCCAGCCUGGGCCGGGAAGGUGGCGGGAGAUGGAGCCAGAGCUCGGAGCUGGUACUCCAUGAGCAGCUCCAUGAUGGGGAGAAGCCCCACAUGUGUGUGGAGUGUGGGAAGAGCUUCAGGCGGAACUGCAACCUGAUU